UUUUCUCUCACUUCGCUCCAUUUCUUCAUCUAAAUUCUAGACAAAGGAGAAAUGUGUGGAGGAGCAAUCCUUUCCGACCUAAUCGCCGGUAAACCUGGCAGGAAAGUGAAGAACGAGGACCUAUGGUCCGAAUUCGACGCCAUUUCCGAUCUCCUCGGCUUCGAUUUCGGUGAGAAAGACUGCACUGUUUCUCAAUCAACCGAUGAAUCCAAGCAACCAACCAAAGGGAAGAGUGAGGAAACUAAAGAGACAAGCUUGGUUGCAGAAUCAUCAAAAGCAGGGAAGGGAAAGAGAGAGAAAGGAGAAGGAGCCAAAGUUCGGAAGAAUAUAUACAGAGGCAUCAGGCGGAGGCCAUGGGGCAAAUGGGCGGCUGAGAUACGCGACCCACGAAAAGGAGUCCGUGUUUGGCUGGGAACUUACAAUACCCCCGAAGAGGCUGCCAUAGCCUAUGACGAGGCAGCCAAGAGAAUCCGCGGCGACAAGGCAAAACUAAACUUCCCCCAACAACAACCACCACCACCACCACCUGUACCUGCCAAAAGGCGGUGCCUGGAACAAGAAUCUACGCAGAAGGGCUUAACAGAGCCACCGCCGCCGGCACCAUUUAAAGAGGAAGUAACACUAAAUCAACCAAGCGAGAAAGCUGAGCUGACGAUGGAGCAGCAGAUUUCAAGCUUGGAAUCAUUUCUGGGGCUGCCACCCGAAUCUUCUGAAUCGGAGGUGAUCAGCGCUAGAGAUCAAUCGGAUGGAUUGGAUUAUGGUCUUUGGCUUUGGGACGACGUAGUCGUAACUCCUCAUCAUCUGGUUUAGGAAGUCAGUAACUACUACUUGCGAACUGUUACGAGUCACUGUAGCUUCUUUCUCAAGCCUCUCUCGUUAUCUUUUGUCUCUUUUGCGUACAUAUGAGUGCGUGUGGUUUACUACUUAAUUCCAGUUUUACCCUUAUACUAUUAAUGGCUUUGAUUUUUAUAUUAAA